CAGGACUGAUCCUUGGGGAAGAUGAUUGGCAGUGCUGAGGAAAAUGAUGGUCUCUAUUGGGUUUCAAAAAUAAGGCUCCUCCUAAUCAGUCACCACAUAAGCUUUCUUUUAUUAGCAACAGUUUGAUUCAAGAUCUGUUUGCAUUCCAUGUUGCCAAACCUUCUGGUGCCGGUUGGAGAUUACUGCUGAGGAGAAACAUUUGUUGGCAAAAUUUGCAUCAUAACAAAAGGGAAUGGUUUUUGAGUCCAAACUAAAUGGAAGGCAAUGCUGUAAAUUCCCUCUCAAAUGAGAAGCAACAUUUGGAGAGUUGCACAUCUGAGAAAGAAGUGAAAAAGCCUACAGAUAACAAUGCAACAACUGUAUUUGUCAAUCAUGCUGCAAUUGCUUGGCAACAAAAUAGAAGAGAAUGGAUCGGAAGUCAAAGUCGAAGGUCAAGAAGAAUGCCGAAAGAUCCAAUUAUAAGCUGGUCGACAACUUAUGAGGAUUUGCUCUGUACUAAUGUGCCUUUUCCCAAGCCAAUUCCAUUACCUGAGAUGGUAGAUUUUUUAGUUGAUAUUUGGUAUGAUGAAGGCCUUUAUGAAUAGACGAUCAGCUGUACCACUAUUUAUUUGCAGAUCAUUGGGGGUGAAAUCGUGCGUACUCAUCAUAAUUUGUGAACCCCCUGAGAAUAAUCUCAGACUUUUACAGAUUUAGUCGAUUAUUCUCUUUAUGGAUGAUAGAAAAGCCUUGAGGAAGUUCUCCAGUAUUUGGUAAAGACAUUGUUGUUAAUGCAGCUUUUACAAUGUAGAACUUAGAAGGAUCAGCAAAUAGGAGUUUGCUUGACAGGGUAGCUGUUGUUGUGCUAUAACAAGAUGUAAUUUAUUCUAUUUGGUUCUGAAAACCAACAAAAUGUAUGUUAAACCUUAGAUUUAUGAAGGAAGGAAUAUUUAUGUGGUUUUCAAUUUGAUUACACUAAUUACUACAAAAGUGA